UAAAAGAACAAAUAUUCAAUUAGGCAUACUUGUGACGACUUGACAAUUUAUGAUUCUUGGGUCAACAACCUAAACACUCAACUCAACAAGAAGCUUCGUCACAGUAAGUAGUACUACAGUAGUAAGUAAAAUGCUUGAAAAUUAAUUAGACAAAACAGUUUCUUAAUUUUCUCACCGAGUCUUGUUCUUCUUCUUCUUCUUCUCAGUUCUCAACAUAGUAACAAACAAUCAUGAACAUGGACGACAUGGUGAAUAAUAUUAACACAAUUCUCAACAAUGCACAACCACCUGUAACCGUUGAUUGUUGCAUCUACAAAGUCCCUUUUUCUAUUCGCACCCUCAACGACAACGCAUACACCCCCAAACUCAUUUCCAUCGGCCCUUUCCACCACCGCCACCACCGCCUCCAAAACAUGGAACGCCACAAACACAUUUACUUCAAAGCAUUCCUUCAAAGAACCGAUGCAAAUUUACACACCUUCAUUCCCUACAUACAAUCUAUCAUACCUAAUUUCAAUCGUUCUUAUUCCGAAACCCUAGAUUUCACCGAUCAAGAACUUGUUCAAUUAAUCUUAAUCGAUUCUGGUUUCAUAAUUGAGCUUUUUUGGAGAUUUUUUUAUGAUGAUUGGUCUCAAGCUGAUGCUCUUGUAUUAAAACCUUGGUUAGCUUCUAAUAUAAGAUUAGAUUUAUUGUUACUUGAAAAUCAGCUUCCUUUUUUUGUUAUUGAAAAAAUCUUCAAUCUUAGUAAUUCUUCACAUGCUAGUGUUAACACUAAGAUUCCUUCUUUUAUUGAACUUACUUUUGAUUAUUUUGCAUAUUACAAUACAUCAAAUUUGGGUUGUUCUGGUAUUAGUAUUAGCCAUUUUACUGAUCUCAUUAGGAUAUUUCAUUUGCAACAUCCAUUGGAUAGACGGCCACGUAGGAUCGAUGAACCGAUGAAACAUCUUCCGAGUGUAACUGAGUUGUUAGAAGCGGGGGUUAGGUUUAAAGUGAAUACUGAAAGUCAGUGUUUACUUGACUUGAGGUUUUCGGGACGAGUUCUUGAAAUACCUCAGUUGAAAGUUGAGGAUUGGACUGAGAUUUUGUUUCGGAAUAUGGUUGCUUUGGAGCAGUGUCAUUACCCUUAUGAGUCUUAUAUUACUGAUUAUGUUGCUGUUUUGGAUUUUCUUGUUAAUACUGGUAAGGAUGUGGAUAUACUUGUUGGGAAGAAAAUACUUGUUAAUUGGCUUGGCGAUAGUGAUUCUGUGGCUAACUUGUUUAAUAGUCUUUGGAAAAAUGUUACGCAUUCGAAUUUCAGUUCUGAUUAUUCUGUUCUAUGUGAAGACUUGAAUGGUUUUUGUAGUGAUCCUUGGCAUAAAUUGAAGGCUACUCUCAGGCGCGAUUAUUGCAAUACUCCUUGGCAAAUGGCUGCUUCCAUUGCUGCAAUUUUAAUCCUUGUUCUCACUUUACUUCAAUCGGUUUGUUCUGUCUUGCAAGUUGUACAGCAUUGAAUCGACUCCUAGUAAGUUCCUUCAUUGUUGAAUCGAUAAUUAUUGUAAUUAUUAUUACCAUACUGGAAUGGUUUCUUAAUUUUGUGUGUCUUAUGAUGUAUCGGAUCAAAAUUGCAAUUGCAUAUAAAUAGAUUUGCAUGAA